UAUGGCGACCCAUACUUCGAGUUUUGCACAUGCGUACUUCUCAGCCUGUCAGAGCAGGAGCCAGUAAAAAUGGCUGGGGUUGGUUUCCGACGCUGGGCCCAAGCCCUUUCUAAAGGAAAGGGGUCAGGCAUUACAGCCCUGUUGUCUGGAUCUAGGGCAGCCUCGGGUAUUUCAAAGGAUAGUCUGCCUGGUCCAUACCCGAAGACCCCCGAGGAGAGAGCGGCUGCUGCUAAGAAGUACAACAUGAGAGUCGAGGACUAUGAACCAUAUCCCGACAACGGCGAAGGCUUUGGUGAUUAUCCAAAGCUACCAGACAGGUCUCAGCAUGAGAGAGACCCCUGGUACUCUUGGGACCACCCUGACCUGAGGAGGAACUGGGGAGAGCCGAUGCACUGGGAUUUUGACAUGUACAUCAGGAACCGUGUAGAUACGUCGCCCAGCCCUGUGCCAUGGUCCACAAUGUGCAAACAUCUGUUUGGUUUCAUCGGGUUAAUGUUGUUCAUGUUCUACCUUGGGGAGCAAUUCAAAUCUUACCAGCCUGUUGGACCGAAGCAAUAUCCCUACAACAACCUGUACCUGGAGAAAGGAGGAGAUCCCGAAAAACAGCCGGAGGAAGUUAAAAAUUAUGAAAUCUGAAGACUAAAAUGUGAUUGUGCGUGUAUAUAUUUCAAAAAUAAAGCCCUAAUGUUAACACUUAAAA